AUGAGUAUUAAUCUCUUGAAGGACUGUGGAGUAGUCGGUGGUUGCACCUGGUCGGACCUCCUUCCAGAUUCCACAAGCUGCUGCAUCAGAAGAUUCAAGCUUGCGUACACAUUUCAUGUUAAAUCAAUGUCAUUGGAUGUUGGUCGUUCGCUGCUGGGAGGUCUCGGCAGCCAUUUACCGGCUUCACUUAGAUCACCUCAAUGCUUGACGAAUGGCUAUUGCUUCUCUCAGCUGAGGACAUUCAUUCAGACGAGGACUGUCCUGAAUGUCGAGGACAACUCGGGUGCAAUAAAAGUUAUGUGCAUCCAAGCUGUAAAGGGAAAGAAAUGGGCGAGGCUGGGAGAAACGAUAGCAGUAUCAGUCAAGAAGGCCAAGUCCAAAGGGAAAGUCAAGAAGGGAAACGUGUGCUGUGCUGUAGUAGUGCGUGCCGCGAUGGAUGAAGCCCGCUGUGAUGUGAGCAAGGUCAAGUUUGACGAUAAUGCUUGUGUCCUGGUUGAGGAGCCGGGAAAAUGGUUUGGGACCCGAGUUUUCAGGCCUGUACCACGUGAGCUCAGGAAGAAGAAUCAUAUCAAGAUUUUGUCACUUGCGGAGCAUAUCGUCUGAUCACACACAAGGAUCUUAGUUUUUGAUUUAUGAGAAUGAGAUAUGGGCACUGAGGUUGUAGUUUGUUGUCUCUGGUGUUAGAAGCACGUCUUUGUGUGCGCAUCCCACAAACUUUCAAGCAUGUAUACCGUGGUUGUUCUCGAGUUCUGGUGAUUGUGCUACUGCUGGGAAAAUGUUCCAUUGAUAGUCCAUUACAUAAAUACAGGUUCUGUUUUACA